CUUGGGGAUCCUAUUGCUGAAAGGGCGGAGCAACUCUUGGCCCUGUACGCACCCUACCCCGGGGAUGAUCUGGAGAAUGAGACCUCAUUCUCUGGUCAGCGUUUCGUGAUCUACAGGACGUCCGACACUCACUAUGUUGUCAUGGACGGAGCUCGCAGACUGGAGGAGGACCUUGUGGUACCGAUAACCCUAAUUCAGAAUGAGAAGUUCUGUCUAAGUGACUGGUACUGCACUCACCUGGCCAAGCAUUUCGGAAUGAACAAGUCCAUGGCAUGGCUGAUGCACGCCAGGAUACCGAUGGGCGACCCAGCCCUUGGGCGAAUCUGCGAUAUCCUGAAC